AUGGCAGUCUUCCCAAACUCCUGUCUCCCUGGGUGUCUGCUCGUCUUCAUUCUCCUCCAGGUGCCCGAGCUGGAUUCUGUCCUCAUCUCCCACCUCCACAUUCUGUCUGACCCUCCUGGUUUUUUGGCAGCUCCCUUUGACGUGAUUGGACCCCCGGGGCCCAUCCUGGCGGUGGUGGGUGAAGAUGCCGAGUUGCCCUGUCACCUCUCCCCCAACGUGAGCGCCGAGCGCAUGGAGUUGCGGUGGUUCCGAGAGAAGAUCUCUCCCGCGGUGUUCGUGCGCCGGGAAGGGCGAGAGCAGCCCGGAGAGCAGAUGGCCGAGUACCGGGGGAGAGUGACGCUGGUGGAGGACCGCAUCGCGGAGGGGCGCGUCGCUGUGAGGAUACAGGACGUCAAGGCCUCCGAUGAUGGGGAGUACCGAUGCUUUUUCAGGCAGGACGAAAACUACGAAGAGGCCACCGUGCCUCUGAAGGUGGCUGCUCUGGGCUCUGAUCCUCACAUCCACAUGGAAGUUCAAGAGAGUGGAGAGAUCUGGCUGGAGUGUACCUCAGUGGGAUGGUACCCAGAGCCCCGGGUACAGUGGCGAACUCCCAAGGGAGAGGAGUUUCCAUCCGUGUCAGAGUCCAGGAACCCUGAUGAAGAAGGUCUGUUCACCGUGGCAGCUUCAGUGAUCAUCAGGGACACCUCCAUGAAGAAUGUGUCCUGCUGUAUCCGGAACCUCCUUCUCGGCCAAGAGAAGGAAGUAGAGAUUUCUAUACCAGCUCCCUUCUUCCCAAGGCUGACUCCCUGGAUGGUGGCUGUGGCUGUGGUCUUGAUGGUCCUAGGAUUUCUCACAAUUGGGUCCAUAUUUUUCACUUGGAGACUAUACAAGGAAAGAUCCAGACAGAAGAGGCAUGAAUUCAGCUCUAAAGAGAAACUCCUGGAAGAGCUCAAAUGGAAAAAGGCUACAUUGCAUGCAGUUGAUGUGACUCUGGAUCCAGAUACCGCCCACCCCCACCUCUUUCUGUAUGAGGAUUCAAAAUCUGUCCGACUGGAAGAUUCACGUCAGAAACUGCCUGAGAAACCAGAGAGAUUUGACUCCUGGCCUUGUGUGUUGGGUCGUGAGGCCUUCACCUCGGGGAGACAUUACUGGGAGGUGGAGGUGGGAGACAGGACUGACUGGGCAAUCGGGGUGUGUAGGGAGAACGUGAUGAAGAAAGGAUAUGACCCCAUGACUCCCGAGAAUGGGUUCUGGGCUGUGGAGUUGUAUGGAAACGGGUACUGGGCUCUCACCCCCCUGCGGACCCCUCUCCCAUUGGCGGGACCCCCCCGCCGAGUUGGGAUCUUCCUGGACUGUGAGUCAGGAGACAUCUGCUUCUACAACAUGACUGAUGGAUCCCAUAUCUAUACUUUCUCUAAUGCCUCUUUCUCAGGCCCCCUCCGGCCCUUCUUCUGCCUGUGGUCCUGUGGUAAAAAGCCCCUGACCAUCUGCCCAAUCACUAAUGGGCUUGAGGAAGUCACAGUAGUUGCUGAUCCCAAGGACCUUUCUAAGGACAUCCCACUCUCGCCCACAGGGCAGGACUCUGCCUCUGGGGAUACAGACACCCUCCAUUCUAAACUGAUCCCUCCUCAGCCCAGCCAACGGGUACCUUAAGGAAUACCCCAGCUCAACCGCUUCCCUUCGCUCUUACCCCCUUCUCUAUCACCCCCUGGGGCUUCAUCAGCCAGCUGUACCCAGCCCCUGUUUCUUCCUGUUGGGUAGGGAUUAAUUAAUCUUGAGAAGGUUGUGUUGCUGCUGAUAGAGUGUGGGGUGUAGGACCUUCCUAAUCUGUUUCCGUUUCUGUUUCAAUAUUCAGGGGGCGGAGAGGGGACUCCAACCGCUUCUCGCGUUCUCCUGGCCCUUGAGGCCAAAGCCUAUAGGAAGGCACUUGAAGCUCAGGGAUCAAGAUGGGCUUAGGCUGGCCGAGGGUUGUGACAGAAACAUCUUGGUGUCCAGAAUAGGAAUAUGUACAGGAACAGGUUUUAGGCAAGCAGAAAACCCAAAGGAUCCUGGGAAGGGAAGAUCCGAGGCCGAAAUCCCAUAAAGGAACUUGCGGGGGAAGUCAUGAUAGAAGAAAGUGAGGUGAACCCAGGCCAUUGAUGGACAUCUGGCCUGCCCCUAGAGUUUUAGGGCCUAUAUGUCAAAUUUUUUAAGUCAUAUCCCCUGGGGUGGAUCUGAGCAAUUGGCAAGGAGAGUAAAGAAGAGAUGAAAUGAGCAGGGCUAAGGGAUCAGACAGAACGUUUGAUAGAGGGGAGAAUUUUAGAUAAAAUUCAAAGGUUGUGUUCACAGCCAUGCCUCGGCCCUGUUCCCCUCUCUGCACCCGUGUUUCUCCCUUGCCUGGGGCUCAUCUCAACCUCACUUUGUUGACUCCACAAGUCUCAGGUUCUCUUCUUCUUUUUGAUCUAGAAUCUCUCCAUUUCAGAGGCAUUUCCAGGCAUCAUCGUUCAGUAAGAUCACCACUUUAUCAGCCAUUGUCUCAGCCUCAACCCAACAUUUGGUUUAGACCCUCCACCAUACCUUUAAUUAGCUUUGACCACCACCCACUUCCACACUGCACCACCAAUCGCUGUCUCCCCACCCAGCUUUCCUACACGCUGCUUCUCCUCAGGGUUCCCUGAAGGCUGCACCAUUGUGUCAGCACAGCUGGAUUGAUCGCAGUUGUCUGUAUUUGCAUUUCCCUAUAUAAGUGUGUCUUGUCUUCCCAAUAGACUGCAUAU